AUGAUGGCCGUGUUUUGUUACCGGUGUUCUCAAACUUUGGCCGUUGAAGAAUUUUUACCUAUUUAUUUAAAAAAUAAAGAAAGGGUAAAAUUUAUGGGCGUACCAUCCCUCUUUCGCUGGCUCACCAAAAAGUAUCCGCAGGUAAUCGAGAAGGCUACUCCAAACAAUCCAACAGAUGUUCUUUACAUAGAUUUUAACGCAAUAAUUCAUAUAUCAUGCGCACCUUCUGACGGACCAACACCGGUUAAUGAGGACGAAAUGAUGCAAAACGUGGAAAAGAACAUAGACAGCAUUGUUAGCAAGUGUUUGCCGCGGAAAAUGAUUGUCAUAUCAACGGAUGGGGUGGCACCGCGAGCAAAACUUAAUCAGCAGCGGUCUAGGAGGUACAGGAGUAUUAUUGAAGCGCUUGAGCUGAGUAAGAAGAGCUUUGAAAGCACAAAAAGCGUAAAUUUUGUUGAGAAAACCAAGGAAAAGAUUCAAAAGUUAGCAAAGGCAUCGACAAUCAAGGACGAGUACAAGGUAGACUUUGUUGGCUUGAUGGAUAAUUCUACAUCGGACGAGAAGAACAGCGGCGCAGAUGAAGCGAACGGCAGAAGAAAAGAGAGAAAAUGCAACGAGGAAAAUGCUGAGCCUGAAGACGUUGAGAUUGGCGAAUAUGACAAACAUGCCAGCGAUUUGCUGGAGGAAAGCUCGCUCACAGAAGAUGAGGCAUUUGACAAGAAUGCGAUCACACCGGGCACCAGGUUCAUGUAUGAUUUGGAAAAGAGAAUGGAUCAAUUCAUCCGGAACAGACUCGUGAACGAUCCAAAGUAUAAAAACCUGUGCUUUAUUUACAGUAAUGGGCGUAGGGCUGGGGAAGGAGAACAGAAAAUAAUGACACUGAUACGGAAGAUGAAAAAUAGGAAUUUGAAGCACACGAUUUAUUCACCAGACGCAGAUCUUAUUUUUCUCGGUACUUCGCUGCAUGGGCGAAACGUGAAGAUCAUGCGCGAGGAUCUCGAGUUUGUGCAUCUGCAACGACAGCACUACUGCGAAAAGUGUGGCAAGAAAGGACAUCUGAGCACCUACUGUAACAAGCUUGCGCUCUUCUCGUGUAUUUUCUUCGACCUGAUCGUGCUCAAAAGAAUCCUUUCAGAGGAACUUUCGAUGUUAGUGCACACGUCAUACGAGUUCAAUAGGAUGGUAGAUGACUGGAUACUCAUGUCCUUUCUUGCAGGGAACGACUUUCUCCCGACCUUACAGUGUUUCGAUGUGCGUUUUGAGGCUAUCGAAAUUUUGACAAAACUUCUCGCCGAGAACUUCAACCAAACAAAAAAAUACAUCACAUACAAAGGCGAAAUCGAUUUUUCUGUGCUUCGGAACUUCUUUAAAAUAUUGUCGCAGCAUGAGGAUAGCCUUUACGUCAAGAAGAAAAAGCUUCUGGCAGAUACACGACGCCGAUUCCAGAUAAAGGGAUUUUUCGAGAACAUUCCGCUAGAGACCACCUAUGGCAAGACACGCUACUACGACACCAAGCUGAGCCUUAAAUCAGAGCGAGAGGUUAUUACAGUGUGUAGAGAAUACAUCUUGGGAUUGAGCUGGGUAUUCAAGUACUAUGUAAAGGGCGCCACCAAUUGGGAAUGGUUCUAUCCAUACGACUACGCUCCCUUUGCCUGUGAUAUUGCGAACGUUCGAAGCAUGCCAUAUUUGAACAAGCGAACAGAGCCGCUCGACUGUCUUCAGCAGCAAAUGCUUGUUAUGCCGCCGCAGUCGAAAGGCCUGGUGCCGAAAGAGAUGCACCCUAUUUUCAACUCUUUUCCAACCGAAAUAAAAAUUGACAUGUUUGACAAGUUGCUGCCGUGGCAGGGAGUGGCCAUUCUUCCGAUAAUAGACAUAGAAACAUUGCUGUACCAAAUAAAGGAGAAAAGAAGCCUUAUAAAGUAUAACGAUGCUAUAUUAGGUAUUGAAUCGAGAGAUUUGUUCUAUGUCGGCUCUAAUAACAAGCUGUUUAAGUGCUUGAAGAGCCUGUAUGUUGAUGGUCCGUCGCACACGACCGUGUUUUUUGAAGUAGAAUUGAUGGCCAUGCCGCAUUACAAGUACGAAAUGGAUGAUGAAAAGACCGUCAUAGUUGAAAUUAGCUACUGAUAGGUCGGUGAGUACCGGUACUAAAGUAUUUUUUGUUCAUGCUGAGCUAUAAUUUAUGUCUCGGUAACACGACAGUCUAAAUGGACCUUGCCAAUUAAAAUCUGGUUUGCAACCUUUAAACAACGAAUUGUGCCGAUCUUUGCUUGCCCCUUUACCAUUUUUAUUUGGCAUGAUUUCAUUCAUUUUUAAUUUAGUUUAUGAACAUUCUGCCGUUUACGAUCUGAAUUUGAGUGACAUAAGUGUUUUUCACGGUGGUGCAUUGGCCUAGCGGUUAAAAGCACAUCAUUUAUAGCGACAUAUCAACUGGAAAGUUACAUUUCUUGUGUCUAUGGAUGAAGUUUUACCAAGUACGGGAUGUAUAUCCAGGCACAAGGUACGCCUCGAG